AUGCUUGCUUCUCGGAAAAUCACCGGGAUUGAUAGUUGUGGGUUAUGUGGUCUUCGUGAAACCUCGGGUCAUGCCCUUUGGGGAUGCAAGUUUGCUUCUGAGGUAUGGAAAAAUGGGGGUCUGCCAGCAAGAUUUAGAGACCAGCUUCAGUACUCAAAUGAAUUCAUUGAUGUAGUGUGGAGGUUGAAGGAGGAUAAGUGUAUCCAAGACUGGGAGUGGUUUGCAAUCACGGCAUGGAAAAUAUGGAAUAACAGAAACUCUUUCAAGCAUGAAGGCCUAUGUAAACAGCCAAAGCAAAUUGCAGUGGAAGCCCGAAAUUACACUGAGGAAUGCAGACAGAGUGAUCCUGCCCCUAAUGGAAUUCAGGUUCGAACCAAAACUUGCUGGCAACCGCCAAGGGCUGGUUUGUAUAAAGUCAAUGUGGAUGGAGCCAUAUUCAAGGAUGCUAGUUGCUGCGGUGUGGGAGUUGUAAUCAGGAAUGAAAAAGGCCAAGUCAUGGGAGCAUUAAGUAAAAGAAUCCAACUGCCCUUGGGGCCUUUAGAGAUUGAAACAAAGGCUAUGGAGGAAGGCAUUCAGUUGGCAAAAGAUCUUAGUCUUAAGGAGAUCAUCAUCGAGGGAGAUGCAAAGCAGGUGGUGAUGGCCAUCUCCGAUUCUUCUUUGGCCCCAAGCUCGAUCAAGAAGGUGAUUGAAGGAAUGCGUUUCUGUUUGCUGCAUUUUAAGUACUGGAAGGCUUCCCAUGUUGGCAGAAAUGGAAACAUGGUUGCGCACCACUUAGCCAAGCAGGCCCUGUUUGAGGAUGACUGUACUGUUUGGGUGGAAGAUACCCCCCAUUGUGUAUCAAAUCAAGUUCUUAUGGAUGUAAUCUCUAUGGACAAUUGUCCAAAUCAAUGA